AUGGCCAAUGCACAAGCAAAAGCGGCCUCAAAGCAGUCUCACAAACCUCAGAAACUUGCCCGUCUUCCAAAACAUGCCCGCGUCCAAAAGCGGCCUCUCCUCCACCCCGCCAUACCCUCCCCCUACACCUCCGCCUCCCAACAAAAAGUGGUCUACAUCUCUUCCCGCACGCCCUUCAUCAGUGCUGUGAAGCGCGUGCGCAAGCUCCUCGAGCAGGUUGAUAAACGUGCUGUCGGCGCCGUAGAUUUGGUCGAGGGAUCGGGAAAUGAUAAGCAGAAGCUGAGGCAGUUGGAGAAGCAGGUAGAUGCUGCACGUAAGGGCGGGGCUGAGGGGGGAAAGAGGGAGAAAAAGAAAGAGGAGGUGGUGCUGAAGGCUACGGGGCGCUCAAUUGAACGGGCCUUGGAAUUUGGAUUGUUUUUUCAGGGUCAGGAUGAUUUAAAUGUGAGGCUUAGGACGGGGACGGUGGGGACAGUCGAUGAUAUCGUUGUGGUUAGUGGAGAUGAAGGCGAAGGAGAGGAUGGGGAGGGCGACAAGGAGGGCGAGGAAGGGGAGGUAGAAAAGCAGGACGAGGAGGUGCCGGAGGCGAGGGUCAGGUUUACGAACUCGAGUGAUCAAGGAGGCUUCCAAGUCGUGCAUCGCCUGAGAGCUGACGGUAACGCAGAUCACGGCUCGGUCGACGCCCUCGGAGAAAAGCCUGGGGGAGCAUCGUUGGCCGUCAUACUUACCGUAUCCAAAUCCAUCGAACGUGAUUGA